AAUGAUCCAAAACUUAAUGAAUUGCAAGACGAAAUUAAUUACCUGAAAAGACUCAGUGAAUGUGAAAAUAUUCUCAAGUUUCAUGGACUCGUUCGUAGAAACACUAGUUUGAGCGUCAUUAUGAAAUGGGGAGAAUAUAAACUACAACCUUAUCUUGAGAAGUAUCUAAAUAUGGAAUGGACAAAGAAAUUGCUGAUCGCGCGCGGAAUCGCCGACGCGUUGAAUUUUAUUCACACGAAUAACAUCUUACAUUAUGAUAUAAGAAGUGAUAACAUUUACCUGGAUAUACUUUUACAACCUAAACUUUGUGGUUUUCGUAUCGCAAAAGAUUCGCCAAUCAUAAUGAAUUCGGCUAAUGAUAAAACGAAUUCAAGAUGGACUCCUCCUGAGAAAUUUCGAGAGGAAGAAUACACAAAAGCCAGUGAAAUAUAUAGCUUUUCCUUAAUACUUUGGGAAAUCAUUAAUCAUAAGUUACCAUUCCACACCGUUGAUCCUAAAGAUAUUAAAAUUAAGGUUCUCAAUGGAGAACAUCCGCAACCUGAAACUAUUAAUAACGUACCAGUCGAAUAUCAAGAAAUAAUGAAGAAAGGAUGGGAUUCGAAUCCAAGUAAACGUCCAACAAUUCAAAAAGUAUCAAAUGUAUUGAACAAAUUAGAUUCAGAAUUACAUGGUGUCAAAAUCGGAGGUUAUGACGAUAACUUUCUCUCGCCAAAAGCUGCUGCAUUCAAAGAUGAUGCUUCGUUUGAAGAUGAUGCUUCUUCGAUACAAUCAGAUAAUUCAUGUGUAUCUUAUAAUGCAGAUUUAAAUGUUACGCACCAUUUUGCUAAAAAAUCUAAAGUUUUAGACAAAUUUAAUCCAUUCCGCAAACAUUUAGAUAUAGAAGAAGCGAUUAAAUUACAUAAUAGAAGACAAUACAAGAAAGCAUGGAAAUUAUUUAAAGCGAUUGAAGUAAAAACUGGGUCACCUGAAGCAAAAUUUUGUGUAGGAUACUAUUAUCUUAAAGGUCAUCAUGAGGGUCGUGGUGGCAAACCAGACCCAGAUUCAAGUUUAAAAUAUUUGUAUCAGGCGGCGAAAGAAGGUCAACGUAACGCUCAAUAUUGGUACGCUGAAGUAAUAUUAAAUUCAAAUUAUAAUUUAAAAGCCCAAAAAGAUGAUAGAAACCAUCAACUUGCGAUCCAAUAUUUAGAGAAGGCUUCAAACCAAGGUUGUAUUUCCGCUAUGAGAGACUUGGGAGAGAUUAGGAAGAAAGGAAAGUACGGUUGCCCUCCUGAUAAGUAUGUUGGAAAAGAUUUGAUUAAUAAAGCUCGCACUUUGAGCUUACUUUGUACCUUUGACG